UGUUCAUUAUAUUUUAACGCCUCUCGUUCUUCCUCUUUUUCACCUUUUCUACUGCAUUUUUUCUCUGCUGCAGAGAUUUGGGAUUUUUUGGGUUCUGGGUUUUGUUCAUCUGAUUGUCUUCUCCAAGAAAAUUUGAUCUUUUUUCGGAGGGAUAAUGGAAGAAGAAGACGAAGCACUUCCAGACCAUUUGCGGUGCAAGAGGACUGAUGGGAAGCAAUGGCGCUGCAAAAGAAGAGUGAUGGAUAAUCUAAAGCUCUGUGAAAUUCACUAUCUUCAAGGCCGCCAUCGUCAGUGUAAGGAGAAAGUUCCUGAUUCUCUCAAACUUCAAAGGACGAACAGAAAAUCGAUUGAUACAGAUUCGAAUGUUGAAAACGUCGUAAUUAGGGCGUCUCCGAAAGCGGCAACACUGGCAAAACUAAUGAAGAGGAAGAAAUUAGGUGGGGCUUCGGUCGCAUUGGAUGGGAUGCUAAAUAGAAUGAAGAUGAAGAAAGGGAAUAUGCAGUUUGAGUUGAUUAAGAUGGUGCUGCGAAGGGAAGUGGAGAAGAGAAGAAAGAAGAAGGAUGUUGAGAAGGCUAGAAAGAGGAUGAAGAACACGGGGAAUGAAAUUGAGUUGGAGGAGAACAGUGAUAAGGAAAUGACGAGGCAAUUGCCUAAUGGACUUAUGGCAAUUUCUCCUUCUCCAUCCCCUCUUCAAUCUGGCAAUGAAGGUUCUUCUUGCGGAACCAAGAUUGGGGCAGAAUCCAGACCGAUUCAGCAACGGCGAUUUCGUUCCAAGAAUGUCAAUAUUCUUCCAGUUGGAGACUUGCAGGUUCUACCAUAUGGGCGUAAUGUGGGCAAAUCGAGAAAAUGUAAGAGGAAGAAAUGUCAUGGGUGUCAGAAAAGUACUUCAUGGAGCUUAACUCAGUGUUCAAGUUGUCAAAAAACCUUCUUCUGCAUAGACUGCAUCAGAGAGAGGUACUUCGAUACACCAGACGAAGUGAAAAGGGCAUGCCCUGUCUGCCGUGGGAUUUGCAACUGUAAGGACUGCUCAGUGUAUCAAUCUUUACACACAGAAUGUAAGGAUUUUUUGGGAGAUGGCGUUGGAAAAAUUCUACGUUUCCACUAUCUGAUUUGUGUUCUUCUCCCUAUACUCAAACAAAUAAACACAGAGAAGCACGCUGAGCUAGAAACAGAGGCUAUAGUAAAAGGGAUAGAACUUUCUGAAGUUGAUAUCAAGCAGGAUGAAUUUGGCAGUCUUGAACAUUGUUGCAAUAACUGCAAAACUAUUAUUGCGGAUCUCUACAGAAGUUGCCCAAGUUGUUCUUAUAAUCUCUGCUUAAGUUGCUGCCGUAAUAUUUUUCUUGAGGAUUCUAGUGGAGUUUGUAACAUGUCCAUUCCGAAAUAUCUUAAUGGAAAAAAAACCUGUCUGGCUGAUAAAAAGAAACUUGUGAAAAACAAGAAGUUAAAUCCUGGUACUUGGCUUCCUUCUUCUAAGUCAUUGCAUAAAGGAAGAGUUCAUAAUAGUGUUAGACAUUUUUCUUGUCCGUCAAAUGAAUGUGGCAGCUGCAGUGAUAAUAGCCUUCUUGAGUUGAGAUGUAUUUUUCCAUUAAGUUGGACAAAGGAACUUGAAGCGAGUGCAGAAGAAAUAGUAUGCAGCUAUGAUUUUCCAGAGUCUGUUGAUGCAUCGUCACACUGUACUUUGUGCUUUGGUGAGGAUCGUGAUGUUGAUGAAACUGAAGAGUUCCAGAAAGUGGCCGUUCGAGAGGAUUCAAAUGAUAACUAUUUGUAUUAUCCCAGCCUUCUUGACAUCCGUCUUGAUGACCUUGAACACUUUCAGAGGCACUGGGUUAAAGGUCAUCCAGUAAUUGUACGUGAUGUACUGGAAAAUUCAGAUCUGACUUGGGAUCCGGUAGUGAUGUUUUGUACCUACCUUGAGAGAACCAUUUCUAGAUUCGAAAAUAGUACGAGCCUCCCAGAAGCUUCUUGUAACAUGGACUGGUGUGAGGUAGAAAUUGGCAUUAGGCAGUAUUUUAUGGGUUCUCUAAAGGGACGGACACGCACAAACACUUUUAACAACAUGUUAAAAUUAAAAGGUUGGCUUUCUUCCCAUUUGUUUCAAGAGCAGUUUCCAGCUCAUUACGCUGAAAUAAUUCGAAUUCUACCACUUCAAGAAUACAUGAACCCCAUGUCUGGUCUUCUAAAUCUAGCUGCAAAGUUACCACAGGAAAUUGCAAAGCCUGACAUGGGUCCAUGUGUCUAUCUUGCCUAUGGAUGUUCUGAAGAUCAUGUUUUGGCUGACUCUGUCUCCAGAUUAUGUUAUGACUCGUAUGAUGUGAUUAACAUUUUGGUCCACAGUACAGACGUCCCUGUUUCAACAGAACAACUUACAAAAGUUAUCAACUUGCUUCAAAGGCAAAGGGCUCUAGGUGAGUCCUCCAAUACCUCUACUAAUCAUUCGAGUGUGGAGGAAGUGGAAUCUUGUAAAGCUGGCAAUGAAACACCCUUUUGUAAGAAGUUUGCAAAAGUACCCUCUUUCUCUGCAUCCACUGAUCAAGUGUUUGCUCAGGGCAUUAAACGCCCUAGUAUGACCUCUGACAGUGCAUGUGACUCGGAUCCUGAACCAUUAAUGUUCGAAUGCAAAUCUUCCCAAAUUAGUGAGACAACUGGACCUCAAACAAAAUUUAGGGAACAAAUAGAAUCAUGUCUUGUUGUUGGAAAUAAAUCUUCGAAGUCUUGUGGUGCCCAAUGGGAUAUCUUUCGGAGGCAAGAUGUUCCUAGGCUAUCAGAGUACCUUCGGAAGCAUUCUGAUGAGUUCAUUCAUAAGCACGUUGUGCAUCCAAUUCUAGACCAGAGUUUUUUCCUUGAUGAAGCCCACAAAUUGAGGCUGAAGGAGGAGUUUCAAAUCGAACCAUGGACUUUUGAGCAAAACAUUGGAGAAGCUGUCAUCAUUCCUGCUGGAUGUCCAUACCAGAUACGGAAUCGAAAGUCUUGCGUACACGUGGUAUUAGAUUUCAUCUCACCUGAAAGUGUUGGCGAAAGUAUCCAGUUGACCGACGAGGUUCGACUACUUCCAGAAAACCACAUAGCAAAAGAGAAGACAUUAGAGGUAAAAAAGAGGGCCCUCAAUACUAUAGAUGCAGCUAUAAAACAAGUUCGGGAGCUUACAAAUGCAUUGCAAGAAGUAUCCCAUUGAUUGUGUAAGGUUCUUUUUUCUUUUUUAUUUUUUCCUACCUUUAUUUUUCUUGGCUCUCAGCAUUCUUUCUCUGCCGUUGUCGGUGGCUAAUAUGUAUCGAAUUGGUUGAUUUGAUGCUCAAUUUGACACACUUAUAAAAUCUCUUUGGCAUUCUGCUGUUCAAUAUCUCCUGGGACUGUUUCAAGAUGAAUACAUAAUUGCACCUCACGUUAGUCAUA